CUAGCGCAAACCCUUGCACCCCCAGCGCCUCCACCACAGCCACACACCACAGCUAGGGGAGGGAGGAGAGAAGAGGAAGCCGAGAGGCGGCGGCGGAGAUGGUUUCCCUGAAGCUGCAGAAGCGGCUCGCCUCGAGCGUGCUCAAGUGCGGCAAGGGCAAGGUCUGGCUCGACCCCAAUGAGGUCAACGAGAUCUCCAUGGCCAACUCUCCUGUUUUCUGGAAGGUCAAGGGUAACAUGUUCAAGAACAAGCUUGUGCUUAUGGAAAGCAUUCGCAAGUCAAAGGGUGAGAAGGCAAGAGAGAAGACGCUCUCUGACCAGUUUGAGGCUAAGCGAGUAAGCGUGCCAAGAGCAAGGCAAGCCGUGAAAGGAAGAUUGCCAGGAGGGAGGAGAGGCUUGCUCAGGGCCCAAGGGACCACUCCGCACCUGCUGCAGCAGCAGCAGCUCCUGCCCAACCUGCAGCGGCACCAAAGAAGGCAAAGAAGUGAAGAUCUGACGAUUAAGCGUUCUGUUUACUGGGUGAAAUCAGUUUGUUCUUAGCUAAGUAUGAACUAUUUUGUUCAGUCUUUAAGUAUCUUUAUCCCAGAUACCCUGGAUACAAUGUUUCAUGCUACUGGAUGUAGUAUUAGAUGCUUAUGCAAAGUUCCUUAUGAAAUGUUGCUGCUUAAUGCUGAUCUCUCUUCCCUUGCCUUU